CAAGCAUGGCGGACGACAGUACAGAAAGCUCGAAGCUCAAAACAGAUGAAGCACUCGAAGGCUCAAGUAGUGAUGAUGAUAACAGCAACGAUAAUAUCGUGGAAGCUGAGGAGGUAGUGAAGACCUUCAAAGAUUUGGGUGUCACUGAGGUUCUCUGUGAGGCUUGUGAUCAGCUGGGAUGGAAAACUCCAUCAAAGAUUCAGAUAGAAGCUAUACCAGUGGCUCUGCAAGGAAAGGAUGUUAUUGGCCUGGCAGAGACUGGCUCAGGAAAGACAGGUGCCUUUGCAAUUCCCAUCCUCCAGUCACUGCUGGCCUCACCCCAGAGGCUUCAUACCCUCGUCCUCACCCCCACCAGGGAGCUGGCAUUUCAGAUCGCUGAGCAGUUUGAGGCUCUGGGCUCCAGCAUCGGUGUCAAGUGUGCUGUCAUUGUUGGAGGAAUUGACAUGAUGUCCCAGUCUCUGGUGUUGGCUAAAAAACCACACAUUGUUAUUGCCACACCUGGUCGGUUGAUAGACCACAUGGAAAACACCAAGGGCUUCUCCCUGAGAGCUCUGAAGUUCCUGGUCAUGGAUGAAGCAGACAGAAUCCUCAACAUGGACUUUGAGACUGAGGUGGAUAAAAUCUUGAAAGUGAUUCCCCGAGAGAGACGCACCUUCUUGUUCUCUGCCACCAUGACCAAAAAGGUCCAGAAACUACAGAGAGCAGCUCUGAAAGACCCUGUGAAGUGUGCAGUAUCUACCAAAUACUCUACAGUAGACAAACUGCAGCAGUACUACGUCUUCAUACCAUCCAAGUACAAGGACUGUUACCUGGUGUCCAUCCUGAACGAGCUGGCCGGGAACUCAUUUAUGAUUUUCUGCAGCACAUGUAACAAUGCACAGCGGGUGGCGCUGUUAUUAAGGAACCUGGGCAUCACUGCCAUCCCUCUUCACGGCCAAAUGACUCAGAAUAAACGUCUAGGAGCUCUAAACAAGUUCAAGUCCAAGUCUCGAUCAGUACUGCUGGCUACCGAUGUGGCAUCCAGAGGUUUGGAUAUUCCUCACGUUGACUGCGUCAUCAACUACGACAUCCCCACUCACUCUAAGGACUACAUCCACAGAGUCGGCCGAACAGCCAGAGCGGGACGGUCUGGGAAAUCCAUCACUUUUGUCACUCAGUACGAUGUGGAGCUCUUCCAGCGAAUCGAAACCCUCAUCGGGAAGAAACUUCCUGCCUUCCCUACCCAGGAAGAGGAAGUGAUGAUGCUGGUGGAGAGGGUGAGCGAGGCUCAGAGGUUUGCCAGGCUGGAAAUGAAGGAGCAAGGAGAGAAAAGGAAAAGGCACAAAGGAGGUGACAGAGACGAUGACGACACAGAACAAGCAAGUGGAGUGAGGAAGAAAGUGAGAGGAGGAUUUGGAGGAGGAGGAUUUGGAGAAAGAGGAGGAGGAGGAGGAGGAGGAGGAGGAAGAGGAUUUGGCAGAGGAGGAGGAGGAGGAAGAGGAGGAGGAAAGAAGAGGGGUGCAGCAGCCUGGAGAGGAGGACGCUGAACCCUCCACUGUUAACAGACUGUAUAUAACCACAACAUACAAAGCCUCUCUUGUUUUUGAUGUUAAGUUUGACUAUGAUGACAGCAUAUUUUCCAGCAUUUAUUAUGGAAGCAAAGGACUAUUUAAUUACAGAAAACGUGUUUCUCUUGCCCCCCUACGACAUUUUCCAUUUGUAAUAAAAUGCCAUUG